GCUUCUUCUGACCUCACUUCUUGUUGUUCUCUUGAUCUUCGAUUUUUUCUUCAGAUUCGCCAGACUUCAUUGACUCGGAUUCCGAAUCAGAAUCAUUACACAAUAUUACCAAAAGACAAUAUAUACCUGGACCUAUGCCAAUGCCAAUGCCUAUGCCCAUGCCAAUGCCAAUCGCUCAGCCUAUUCCGAUCGCAGCUCCUCGCAUCUAUUACCCUCCCUAUCAGCCCGCGCCAAUGGCUUGGCCUAUGCCCGUGUAUAUACCUCCGACGCAAGUCAUAACGCAACCCAUAGUUAUUCUUCCCAUUGGCGUAUCGAGUUUUGCAGGCGUGAGCUACACUCCCAGUCAAUAUUAUGGACCAGCCGCCUACUAUCCCACCUAUGCCACACAAUACACCACACAGACACCUUACUAUGGCAACUUCAACAACAACAACAAUAAUAAUAAUUAUAAUGACUACAAUAACAAUAACAAUUACAAUACGUAUGGAUAAUAAA